AUGGGCGGUUACAUAAGCAAGAAGUUAGGGAAGGUGAAAAUUUGGGACCCUGAGAGAAUGAAGUUGCAAGCUGUCAGCGAAGACGACGUUCAGAGGAAACAAGAGGAACAAGAAAGAAACGAGACAGAUGAGGGUAACAAGCCAUGCAGUUCUCAUUUUGCAUCAGAGGGAGUCAAUAGGAGUGGGCAGUGUGGUGUGGUCUCUGCUAAGUGUGGUGCUGGUGGUGAAAAUGAACCAUGCAGUGAAUGGAGUACAGAUUUACGUGGUGUUCGUGAAUGGAGAAGCUUACUGAAUGACUAUGAUGUGGAGUCACUACUGGGUACAGGUGGAUUUGGUGAAGUGUACGCGGCAAGACGAAAGAAGGAUGCCUUACCAGUGGCCAUUAAAGCCAUGAGUAUAAAGGCAGUUGCAGAGUGGAUCCAGCUUCCCGGAGAGCAGCAGUUGAUUCCAAUUGAGAUUGCGUUAAUGAAAAUGGUGUGCAAGGCCCCUUUAUCCCCAGGCAUCAUCCAGCUCCUAGACUGGAGUAUUAGCCACAGUGAAGUGGUGUUGAUCCUUGAGCAUCCAGAGCCCUGCCUUAAUCUGCUAGAUUUCCUCUCCAAGCGCAAGAAAUUCCUUGGAGAGCGACUAGCACGGCGGAUCUUUCUACAGGUUGUGGAAGCCCUCCAGCACUGCCAAGCCAGGGGUGUCUUCCACAGGGAUGUGAAGGUAGAUAAUGUCCUUAUCCAGAGUUUUACACACCAAAUUAAACUCAUUGACUUUGGCUGUGGAGCAUUGCUGCAGGAGGAUGAAUACACCAGCUACAGAGGCACACGAAAAUAUGCUCCUCCAGAGUGGUUCACUAAAAGGCGUUACCUCGCUGAACCUGCCACAGUAUGGUCUCUUGGUAUUCUGCUGUACAUGUUGCUGUAUGGGUCCAUACCUUUUGAAAAGAAAGAAGAGACCAUUAAGGGGAAGGUGAAGUUUCACAGAAAAGUCUCCAGAGAGUGUUGGAAUCUGAUUAGGAGGUGCCUCUCUCUGCAUCCAGCUGAUCGCCCUUCCCUGACAGACAUCCUUGAACAUUCUUGGCUUACAUGA